ACGUGGGGCGGGGCCUUGGGUGCUGAUCCGGACGCAAAGAUUGUACCAGGCAGGGUGGGGUUCCGGUGGCUGGGUGGAGGCUCUCCUGCUGGGGAGGAGAUGGCCUUCUCUUCUCACAAACCCAGCUCCCCACCCCUGCACGCGCCGCUCUGCUCUGGAGUCGCUGGUCCGAGCCCUCCUUCUCUGCGAACCUGAGCCCCGCCAUGUCCUCCCUACGAGGUUGGGGCCGUGGGAGAAGAAGAUGCUUUUACACUUCCUGAUCUCGGCAUAUACUGCUACAUCCUGGAUCAUCAAGGAAGGAGGAAAAUACUUAGUCAAUGAAGGUUUAGCCAUGACCUUGUGUGUCGGUCCCAGGAAUUGUCUGGUCUUCCCCUCCAUCCCUGGGUGUCUCUCCAGUGCCCCCAGCCUGGCGGCCUCCAAAGAUGCAAGUACAUGGGCUUAUUUCUCCUUUGCACCAACAACCAGGAUGCCACCGAAAUAAUAAGCACCAGAAAGCUCCAGGGCCUUAGAAGUCCUCGUGUCAUCAUUCCUGAUCGGGACAAGAGGUCAUGUGAGGACAGAGAGAAAGCAGCUGUUUACAAGCCAAGAAGAGAGGCCGCAUCACAAACCAACCCUUAUGGCACCUUGAUCUUGGACUUCUAGCUCCAGAACAGUGAGAAAAUGAUAUUUCUGUUGCUUAAGCCACAUAGUUUGUGGGUUUUGGUUAUGGCAGCCCGAGCUGACUAAUACACUCAGUUUCCUCAUUUGAAAAGCAGGGAUAAAACCAGUACUUGCAGCAUGACGUUACUGUGAGAAUCCAAUGAGGAAACACACGUAACGCCUGCCUGCUUCGUUUUCCUAUGGCAUCUUCAAUGCCUGGAACAGUCUCUGGCAGACAGUGGAUGUUCAAUAAAUACCCACUGAAUGGAUAAAUACAUCCAUCAAAAAAUGAAGCUGCCACACUAAAUAUGAGAGCCUCUUUCUAAGCGCCUCCCUCACCUUCAUUUCCUUAAUCAUUGGUUACCACUCACCAGCAAAUGACAACAGCAGUAAAGCGUUUAAGAAAAGUGUCUGCAAGGCCAGCCUGCUGUUUUUAAUUGGAUCUGCCAAAUAACAUAAUGUUGUCUAUGAGUUGAGAAAGGUGACACUGAUCAGAAAGCUGAAGGAAGCCUGAGAACCCUGGUCCAGCUUAACUCUUCCUCUUGUUGGGCAGAGGGGCUGGAGACCACAGACGGGGGAGGCCCGCCUUGGGGAGGCUCAGAGACCUGGGGUUGGGCUUUGGGAGUGUCCUGGAUGAAGCUGGUCUGGGGUUGGAGGCCACAGCAGAUCUACCUUCCUGGUGUUUAGGAGAUGCAAAUGAUGGGAACAAUGGAGCCCUUGUCCCCAGGCCAUUUGUGGCAGAUCCUGGGCUCCAGGGAGGCAAAGCUUCUCUGCCUCUGCCAUGGACAAGCGCAGUGGGAGCAGGCCCCGGCUGUGGCCACCGCUCCCACCCCCCAGAUGUGUAGACUCCCCAGGUUGGAGAGAAGAUGCUCCCAGCCCUUCCUUUCUGCCUGCCCCAGGGACUUGGAGACACAAGGCCCAGGAGGAGGACGAGGAGGAGAAUAAGUACGAGCUGCCGCCCUGUGAGGCUCUGCCCCUCAGUCUAGCCCCUGCCCACCUUCCUGGCACUGAGGAGGACUCCUUGUACCUGGAUCACUCUGGCCCCCUGGGUCCGUCAAAGCCAUCGCCACCCCUGCCUCAGCCCAGCAUGUGCCCACAGCUGACGGCAGCAGUGAGCCUGCCGGUGGCCAGGAAGCAGAGACCUGUCUUCGGGAGGCGAGAGCAGGGUGCAUCGUCCAGAGUGGUGCUAGGCCCUCCAAAGAAACCUGAUGAGGACCUCUACUUGGAAUGUGAGCCCGAUGCAGCAGGAAGGAAAUCGUCUUUUCCCUCUGUAGCCCCAGUUGGGAGCGCCUCCACUGCUGAGGACAGUGACCUGCUGGCUCAGCCUUGGUACUCAGGCAAUUGUGACCGCCAUGCUGUUGAGAGUGCCCUGCUUCGCUUACAAAAGGAUGGGGCCUACACCGUGCGCCCCAGCUCAGGGCCUCAUGGCUCCCAGCCCUUCACCCUGGCAGUACUGCUCUGCGGCCGGGUCUUCAACAUUCCCAUCCGGCGGCUGGAUGGUGGACGCCACUAUGCCCUGGGCCGGGAGGGCAGGAACCAUGAGGAGCUCUUUUCCUCCGUGGCCACCAUGGUCCAGCACUUCAUGCGGCACCCUCUGCCCCUUGUGGACAGACACAGCGGCAGCCGGGAACUCACCUGCCUGCUCUUCCCCACCAAGCCUUGAGGCCACAGUGAGGUACACACGGCCUUUGGCCCCAGUUUGCUUCUUGCCCCGCCCAAUCUUGGGCUAUCUUCCUCUCUCCUUUCCCACCCCUCCUCACCCUAGCCUUUCCCAGUGCCUGCAAGCAGCUUUAAUGGGGAAAGCCUGCCUGGAAACCCAGGGACGGGUCCUGGAGUCCCCACCCCGUGCUCACCUAGAGCUUCACACUGCCUUCUCUGUUGCCUCUCCAAGACUGACACCCUCUUCCCAGCCUCCAGGAAUGCAGGUGUCUGCCCAGUUCACUAAGUCCUAGAUGAAGGAACCGUGGUGACCUCUCACAUCUACUUGGGGGCCUAGGCACCCUGAGAGGGACUGGCCUGCCUUGUACAAGUUUGCUUUCAAUAAAUAAGAAAAAAAUUGUUGAAUAAA